ACCUGGAGCCAUGGAUGCCGCUCUGCUCCUCAACGUGGAAGGGAUCAAGAAAACCAUUCUGCAUGGGGGCACGGGGGAGCUCCCAAACUUCAUCACCGGAGCCCGAGUGACCUUUCAUUUCCGAACCCUGAAAUGUGAUGAUGAGCGGACGGUGAUAGAUGACAGCAAGCAGGUGGGCCAUCCCAUGCACAUCAUCAUCGGGAACAUGUUCAAGCUGGAGGUCUGGGAGAUCCUGCUGACGUCCAUGCGGUUCAGCGAGGUGGCCGAGUUCUGGUGUGACACCAUCCACACAGGGGUCUACCCCAUCCUGUCCCGGAGCCUGCGGCAGAUGGCGGAGGGCAAGGACCCCACUGAGUGGCACGUGCACACGUGUGGGUUGGCCAACAUGUUCGCCUACCACACGCUGGGCUAUGAGGACCUGGAUGAGCUGCAGAAGGAGCCGCAGCCACUGAUUUUCGUAAUAGAGCUGCUGCAGGUGGAGGCCCCCAGCGAGUACCAGAGGGAGACCUGGAACCUGAGUAAAGAUGAGAAGAUGCAGGCGGUGCCCAUUCUCCAUGGAGAAGGAAACCGGCUCUUCAAGCUGGGCCGCUACGAGGAGGCUUCUACCAAGUACCAGGAAGCCAUCGUCUGCCUGAGGAACCUGCAGAUCAAGGAGAAACCCUGGGAGGUGCAGUGGCUGAAGCUGGAGAAGAUGAUCAACACCCUGAUCCUGAACUACUGCCAGUGUCUGCUGAAGAAGGAGGAAUACUAUGAGGUGCUGGAGCACACCAGUGACAUCCUCCGGCACCACCCAGGUGGGUGGCGUGAAGCGGGUCCGGGGUUGGGGGGGGAGGGUGUCCAAUCCCGCCCAGGGGCCCAGAGUCACGUGCACAGACGUCCGGUGGCCUCUUCUGACCCUGUCAGGGCAUCAAAACUCGCCUCCACGCAGCAGGGUUUUCCCAAGCCUAUAACGAUAUCACAGAUGAUGGUUGAGCUGUGCUUAUUGUGGGAGGUAUUUUAUUUUAAGGUGCAUUGGGGCAAAAUAUAAGCAGCUCACCAAACCUGUCUGGAGCAGUAAACGGGUUUUAAAAACGGGGGCAAUCAAUACAGAGAACAAUAUUAAGUAAAUUCUAGGAUCCGUGAUGCGCGGAUAUGGCGAUACUUGUGAAGACGAUGUUUGAGGAAUGUUACAAGAUCACUUACUCUGCGUCACACGCUAAAUUCUCUGCAUCUAUCAUUUCAAUUAAUCCUUAUAGUGACCAUAAGGGACAGGUGCAGGGAUUGGGCCUGGAGCUUGCACCAUUUGGGGCUCUUCUGUAAGAAAAGAAUAGAAAGUUGUGAAUGUAAAUUAAGUUGCAGGGCCUUGGAAGGGUCCGCGGAAGGGCGGGAAGUAGGUACUGCGAUUAUUAUCGUCCGUACUUUAUAGUGGAGGAGACUGGCUCUGGAGGUACAGAGAGGUUAAGGCUCAGGGUCAAGAUUAAGGGUUGUGUAAGCUGGUCAAGCCCCGCCGGGCGCGGGGUCGGUGCUGCCUCUGGGUCUGGGUGGCGGGUCCAGCUGGGUCUUCCCCGCAGGCAUCGCGAAGGCCUACUACGUGCGGGCCCGGGCUCACGCCGAGGUGUGGAAUGAGGCAGAGGCCAAGGCUGACCUGGAGAAAGUGCUGGAGCUGGAGCCGUCCAUGCGGAAGGUGGUGCGCAGGGAGCUGAGUC